AUGUACGAGGAGGAAUGGGAAUUAGCUAGGUGGUUGAUCCAAAAUGUCAGGCAAAACCAAACCGACGAAUUUCUAAAGCUUCCUAUUGUUCGAAAUCGUGCCCAGGUUACAUACCCAAAUAACCGCUCCUUCUUGAAAAAAAUUGACGCACUGCCUACAAAAGGACCUGAAUGGCACUGUGACCUCAUCAAGGUGGCAGGAGACAUUAUUGCCAUGGAUGGUGAGAUGUCGUCAGCUGAAUUAGAACUCUGGCGGCGCGACUUGGUGGACUAUAUGAUGGCUUACGCACCUGAGCAUGCAUUUGAGGACAGGGGAGGUAAUAGCCGAAUUUAUGAUGAAAUGUGGUCAGGGGACUGGUGGUGGGACAUGCAGGGCAAGCUGCCGAAAGGAGCAACAAUAGCACCAGUCAUCCUUGCGUCCGAUAAAACAAGCCUCUCACAGUUUAGAGGCGACAAAUCUGCAUGGCCAGUCCAAAGACAACGCCGUCGUCCACGGAUGCAUGGAGCCAUUUUGCUUGGCUACCUCCCAGCAACAAAGCUUGACUGCUUUAGCAAAGGAACUCGGUCCAUUGCAGGGUAUCAGCUGUUUCAUGAAUGUAUGUGGAGGCUUCUACAGCCCCUGAUUGAAGCUGGCAAGGAGGGUGUAGAGAUGUGCACCCUGAUCCUCACUGCCUAUGUUGCCGACCAUCCAGAACAGUGUCUCAUUACCUGCACGAAAGAAAGUUUCUGUCCUAAGUGUCGUGUUCACAGAGACAGCCGUGAUGAAGUGUGCACCUUGACUAUGCUGGAACACAAGCGAACAGGUCGCAGGGUACCCGCCUACACACGUGAGGGGCUGCGCCCUGUGUAUUGUCCAUUCUGGGCAGAUCUUCCUUACUCCGAUAUCUUUGGCAUGAUCACACCUGAUAUUCUGCACCAAUUGCACAAGGGCGUGUUUCAUGAUCACCUGUUGAAAUGGUGCACCGAAAUCGCAGGAGAAAAAGAGAUUGACGAAUGUUACCAAAAGAUGUCCAAUUAUCCAGGGACAGAGCAUCGGGAGAUGCAACGAGUCUUCAUGGGUGUGUUAGCUGGGGCGGUUCAACCAACAGUUAUUCAAGCAGCACGUGUCGUCCUCGAUUUUAUAUACUACACACAAUUCCACGCCCAUACAUCUCAGUCUCUUGAUGCCCUAGAGUCCGCGCUGCGCGAAUUUCACGAUCACAAGCAUAUAUUCAUGGAUCUGGGGGUGCGUAAUGACUUCAAUAUUCCAAAAAUGCACUCAAUGCAACAUUACGUGGUGUCGAUCAAGUCUCGUGGCUCCGCAGAUGGAUUCAACACUGAAUUCCCCGAACGCCUCCACAUUGACUUUGCAAAAAAUGUGUAUCGAGCAACAAACAAAAAAGACUAUGUUGAAGCAGUGGACCAAUUCGUGGCUUACAUGGACUGGAGGUUGCAGAGAAAGAUGGAUGAUGAGGAAGCCGAUGGCGAUGUUGACGAUGUUGAAGGUGGCAUAGCGCUGAAUGCAGAUGUACCCGAGCCACAGCCGCCAAGUGAGGGUGAUACACCUUUAUCUCAUGUCCUGGCAGUCCGUCCUCCAUUGCGCGCUCUAGCAGUUGAUUAUAUUGCCCAGACAUUUGGGGCGGUCAAUUUCUUUACUGCACUCACCCAAUACCUGAAUCGAACUCCACCACCCCAAAAUCCACCACCCCCACAAGUACCGUUGUCAGUCUGUCGUUGGGACAGGUUUGAUGCUUACCGGCGUCUGUCAAUCCCUUAUCCACACUUGCGUGCAGUCCAUAUGUCGAAGUCCAUGGACCGCAUCCGUGCAGUGCCUUACACCCCUCCUUCUGGUCGGUCAGCUGGUUCGCCAGGACAAUUUGAUACAGUCCUGGUGCAAACAGAAGGUACUACUAAUGUACACACUCAGGGGACUGCAUUGGAAGGUCUUCAAGUUGCGCAAGUCCACCUGAUAUUUGACUUACCAAUGCACCUGCGCACUACUGGACAGCCUUUCCACCUUGCACUCGUUGAAUGGUUCAAUCCCUUCCGGGCAUGCGAUGCAUUGUUGCAGCUGCACACAGUCUCGCGUUCUUAUGUGGGUCAAGCUCCUCGCACUGAGGUGAUCCCCAUCAGUCAAAUUUCUCGGAGUUGUCAUCUUAUACCUAAGUUCGGCACACAUGUCGACCAAACGUGGAGGCGGGAUUUCAUCUUGGAUGCAUGCAAGACAUUCUACCUUAAUCCUUGGAUAGACAUGUACAGCUUCUACAAAUUCCGAACCGCCUGA